AUGGCGACUGGCAGAGGCUUGUCAGAGCAACUGGAUUUCACCAAAAUCCAGGGCAAAUACCUGGGUGGGUACUCUUGCACGAGUCCGCAAUGCUUGCUGGGACACCCAUGCUGGCCACCAUCGCUCCUCUCUCUCGCUGGCUCCCUCAUCGACAGUGUCAGCUCCUCGUGGACCCCUGUUGCGCACACCUGGGUCGGGACUUGCGAUUCGAGCGAGUCGGCGGGCUCUGAGGCGACGAUCGUCACGGUGGCAGAACAGCCAACCUCUCUUCGCGGCACCGACCCGGUGACAUCCCUCGACCUCGACGAGAGGGGCCUCGGCCCCGCCUCUGCCACCGUGAUCGCGUCGCUGAUUGCGGGCAAUGGGGUGCUGCAAGAACUUUACAUCGGCGACAACCACAUCGGCGACAAGGGCGCCGCUGCAAUUGCCGACGCGCUGCGCGGCAACGGGGGCGCCAAGGCACUGGCUUCCGCUCUGCGCGUCAACGCGGUGCUCACCAACCUUAACCUUGGCGACAACGAGAUCAGCGACGAGGGAGCCGCUUCGAUCGAGGGAGCCACGCUGUGCGCCAACGGGGUGCUGAACAAGCUAGAUGUCUCUCGGAACGAGAUCGGCCCCACCGGCGCCGCCGCGAUCGCCGACGCCCUUAAGGGCAACGCGGUGCUGACCACCCUCGAGCUCGCGCACAACAAUAAGAUCGGCGACGAGGGCGCGAAGGCGAUCGGCGGCGCUCUUGCGGUCAACGGGGUGCUGAACAAACUCUGGCUUGGCGAGAACAACAUCGGCAUCGAGGGCGCGAAGGCGAUCGGCGGCGCUCUCGCGGGUUCAGGCAUCCCGUGA